CGGCCGGGCACCGGAGCCGGAUCACCGCUGGCUGUCCCGGUCGGUCUGUGACGGUUCGCGGAGCUGCAGAGAGAGAGAGAGACAGCGGGAAGAAGGUCGCACCGCCCGCCCGGCUCACAGCUCCCUCGGCCGGGUCACACAGGGAACCUCCACCCGCUGAAGCUGCUGCUUCUUCAGGUCUGAGGCCCGAGGUGGGCUCCGCAGGUGGGCAGACUCACAUGUUGUGUUGGUCUUGUUUCCAGGGUGGACGCUGAGUUCUGUGCACGGGGCUUCCCUGCUGGGAGGAGUAGAGCAGCCUACGGGAAGCAGCCGGCAGGUGGGCGGUGUCUGUCUGCAGAUCACCUGAGACACGAGAGGCUACCUGGCACCGGCCCUCCCUCCCAUCCCUCCAGCAGCUGUGGGGUUUAAAAAAAAUUUGGGUUUAAUCGCCGUCGUCCAUUUUGGAGGAUCUUUUUAGUUUUCUGGAAGAAUGAGCGCCUACACCGUGUCGCUGCCCGGCCCCGGCCCCUGGGGCUUCAGGCUGCAGGGGGGGAAGGACUUCAACAUGCCGCUGACCAUCUCCAGGAUCACUCCGGGCAGCAAAGCGGCGCAGGGUAACCUGGUCCAGGGUGAUGUCAUCGUCGCCAUCGACGGCGUCAGCACUGAGGGGAUGACUCACCUGGAGGCCCAGAACAAGAUCAAGAUGGCCAACUACAACCUGGCACUCACCAUGACCAAGGCGAAGCGUCCCGUUCUCAUGACGACACCGAGAAUCGACGCUGCUAUUCCCAUGAUCCCACACCAACAGUCAGUGCAGGUGAACGGCCGCCUGUCGGCCUGCAGUGCCUCCUCCGGGCCUGCAGAGGCAGACUCUCCCGGGGGGAGAGCGGCGGUCAGCCCCGCUCAGAGGAAGCAGUAUAACUCACCCAUCGGCCUGUACUCAGAGGACACUCUGAGGGAGAUGGCGGCCAUGCAGGCGGGCCGGCCUGCGGGUGCCGGCUUCAACCCCGGCGCCCUGGACACCGCCCUCUCUACCCAUAAACCCAUAGAGGUGAAGGGCCCCGGCGGCAAAGCCACCAUCAUCCACGCCCAGUACAACACGCCCAUCAGCAUGUACUCGCAGGACGCCAUCAUGGACGUCAUCGCAGGACAGACGCAGGGGAAGGGGCACGACGCUGGUAGUCUCCCGGUUAAAGAUCGUCUCGUAGACAGCGCCUCUCCGGUCUAUCAGGCGGUCCAGAGUGCAGAGAAGGACCCGGACCUGGGCGAAUGGGGCCGCCGCAGCGCCAGCAUGCAGUCCAAGACCUUCCGGGUUCUGGCCCACAUGACCGGAACCGAGACCUUGUUUAUGGGAGAGUUCAUUGUCUUCUCCUUCGUGUCGUUCUUCGUGCUCAUCACCUUUUCUCUCGAGUACUUCUACUGCACUACCUCUCAGUACUUCUACUGCACUACCUCUCAGUACUUCUACUGCACUACCUCUCAGUACUUCUACUGCACUACCUCUCAGUACUUCUACUGCACUACCUCUCAGCACUUCUACUGCACUACCUCUCAGCACUUCUACUGCACUACCUCUCAGUACUUCUACUGCACUACCUCUCACCCUACUGAGCAUGCUCCAGCCUGUGCCGGCUCCGCCCCCGCUGCCCCGCCUGCUAGCGCCGCUUCGCACCCUCGGGACCCCGCAGUUGCUUCAUCUAGCCCCGCCCCUUACAGCCCGUACGCUCAGCCUCCUGCCAUGUAUCAGGCACCACAAGCCCCACCUCCACAGCAGUACCAGCCAAUACCGCAGCAGUACCAGCCAAUACCACAGCAAUACCAGCCAAUCCCACAGCAGUACCAGCAGCCCCCUUCGCAACAGGUCCCGCCCACUCAGCAGAGCUCCAUUCAGAUCCCUCUUGGCUCCGCCCCUCCCAAGGUGGUCAGCACAGCCUGCAUCUACCCCACCCAGCCAGCCUCAGCUCCUGCUCCUGCUCCAGUCCCAUCUCAGCCCCGCCCUCCAGCCGCUGCCCCGGCCCCAGCCCCGGCUCCAGCUGGUCCUGCCUCCUCUAACAGACCCCCCUGGGUGUCCGACACCAACUUCGCAGAUAAGUUUGACCCCAGUAAGACCACCACCACCACCACCGUGAAGAUUCAGCCGCUGCCCCAGGCCGCCCCUCCUCCACCGGCAUACAUCCCCAACCCCUCCUCAUCCGCACCUGCAGCUCCCAGCCCUGCCCCCGUUACAUCAAGCCCCGCCCCCUUCCCGUCUGUGGCGAGGGGCGUGGCACAAAGGGCGGAGAGAUUUGCCGCCAGCAGCCGUACGCCUCUGUGUGGGUCCUGCAACAGCAUCAUCAGGGGCCCCUUCCUGGUGGCCCUCGGUCGGUCCUGGCACCCCGAGGAGUUUAACUGCCACUACUGCCACAUGUCUCUGGCUGACGUCAGCUUCGUGGAGGAGCAGAACAACGUCUACUGUGAGAACUGCUACGAGGAGUUCUUCGCUCCGACCUGCGCCCGCUGCAACACCAAGAUCAUGGGGUACACAGAGAGGUCCAGGAUGUGUUUCACCUUAGCACAAAGACUGGAAUCAGGCGGAAACUGCUAG